AUAAGAGAUAAGAGGUACGAGUCUUAUACUAGAUCACACAGUCUUAUCUAACCAGUCAGUGAGGAAACGACUCGAAAACAAUGACUGGAAUCCAUUGGCUGUUGUGUUGUGUGACCUUUUGCAAUGUCGUGGGCUUGGGCAGCUCGACAUUUAAGUUUGCAUCGUACUACAACAACCAUAUGGUGCUGCAGCAGGGAGCGGGCGGGGCGAUUGUUUGGGGGACAUCCUCUCACCUCGGCGACACAGUACAGCUGUUCCUAAACGGUCACAAGGUCGGUGAAGAUAUUGUCACGCAAAACGCAAAAGGAGUCAUAACGUGGAUAUCGAAAGUUGUCGUCACUGGCGAUAACUAUGGUCCAUUCACUCUUGCGGCAAAGUCGAGUGAAGGGACCAUAACUCUACAUGACGUCAUGUUCGGUGAUGUGUGGAUUUGUUCCGGACAGAGCAACAUGGAAUUUACCAUGAGUGGGGUCGUAAACGCUUCUGCCGAGUACGCAGAGGCUUCAAGCUACAGAAAUGUCCGCCUAUUUAAGGCCACGCACGCACAGUCCAAUGCUGAACUAGAUGACUUCAAUGUGACACCUGCUCUGCACUGGUCUAUUCCAGCUCGAGCAAACCUGGGCAAGUUUUCCGCUGUUUGUUGGUUGUUUGGAAAACAAUUAUCCUCACAAUUCAAAUAUCCGAUCGGAUUAAUUGAAUCAAACUGGGGUGGAACGAAAAUUGAAUGGUGGUCUUCGACGCUUGCCCUUAGUAAAUGUCCCCACAAUGGCAAACGAGCCAUUCAAAACUCGGAUUUAUGGAAUGCAAUGAUGAGUCCUCUAACUAGGAAUACUAUUUACGGAGCUAUCUGGUAUCAAGGAGAGUCUAAUGCCGGAGCAUAUGAUUUGUAUAGAUGCCAGUUCCCUGCCAUGAUAAACGACUGGAGACAAAGGUUUAGCUCAGCCUCUCUGCAUACAACGUCCGCAGAAUUUCCUUUCGGAUUCGUUCAGCUUGCACCAUAUAGGCCUGGGCAAGAAAAGGUGAUACCAAUUCCGUCUCUGAGAUGGGCCCAAACCGCCGGCUAUGGGAAAGUACCGAACGCCAAGAUGCCGAACACGUUCAUGUCUGUUGCAUUAGACCUACCAGAUUUUAGCUCACCAUACGGCAGCAUCCAUCCCCGUUUCAAGCAUGACGUAGCUUCCCGUCUGGCACUAUCAGCUCUGGGGGUGGCAUACCACCAGUCAGGGUUGGAGUUCCAAGGUCCUUUCCCAUCGGACUAUCGUUUGACAGGUCAUUCUUUGAAUAUAGAGUAUGACCAGGGACGAGUUCCUAUCAUGGUCAAUGCUAACGUCUCCAAUUUCGAGGUAUGCUGUUCAGCAGCGCAUUGUAAUCAAAACACCGGAAAUUGGAAACCUGCACCAAUGAUAUCACACAAUGUGGCAUCUGUCACUCUAAACACAAGUCAGUGUGGCCACGUGACCGUAGCUGCAGUUCGGUAUGCGUGGCGGGAAAGUCCCUGUGUAUUCAAACAGUGCGCAGUUUACGGACGGGACACUGACCUUCCAGCGCCACCAUUCUACCACAGCUUUCUUUAAGUGUGCAUGAUCAGUAAAAUAAAACGUCAGCUUUCCACAGUA